CGGCUGCUCCGAGCCGAGGCGAGCCGCCCCCCCGAGCCGAGCCGCCGCCGGCCGUGCCCGCGCUGCCUCAUGGCCUCCCCGGCGGCGGCGGGCCCCGGCGCUGCGCUGCCGGCCGGUGCGGGUGCGGCGCGGCGUGACUUCUACUGGCUGCGCUCCUUCAUCGCCGGAGGUGUCGCAGGGUGUUGUGCCAAAACAACCACUGCACCAUUGGAUCGAGUGAAGAUUUUGCUGCAAGCUCAUAACCACCAUUACAAACAUCUAGGAGUGUUUUCUACAUUGUGCGCUGUCCCCAGAAAGGAAGGUUACCUUGGGCUGUAUAAAGGAAACGGGGCAAUGAUGAUUAGAAUCUUUCCAUAUGGCGCAAUUCAAUUUAUGGCUUUUGACCAAUAUAAAAAGGUAAUAAGGAAGCACCUUGGGAUUUCAGGGCAUGUGCAUCGGUUAAUGGCUGGAUCCAUGGCAGGUAUUACAGCAGUGAUUUGUACUUACCCUCUUGAUAUGGUUAGAGUUCGUCUGGCAUUCCAAGUAAAAGGGGAACACAAGUACAUGGGAAUUAUCCAUGCAUUCAAGAUGAUUUACACAAAGGAAGGUGGUUUUAGUGGGUUCUACAGAGGGCUGAUGCCAACUGUUGUAGGAAUGGCUCCGUACGCUGGUUUUUCAUUUUUUACCUUUGGUACCUUAAAGAGCAUUGGACUUGCUCAAGCACCUAACUUGCUUGGACGGCCUUCCUUAGAUAAUCCCGAUGUCUUAGUUUUGAAAACACAUGUAAAUCUGCUGUGUGGUGGCAUAGCUGGAGCAAUAGCUCAGACGAUAUCAUAUCCUCUCGAUGUAACUCGUAGGCGAAUGCAGUUAGGAGCGGUUCUUCCAGAUUCUGACAAGUGCCUUACAAUGGUGCAGACACUGAAAUAUGUCUAUCAACAACAUGGAAUACGAAGAGGAUUAUACCGUGGUCUAUCGCUAAAUUAUAUUCGUUGUAUUCCUUCCCAGGCAGUGGCUUUUACCACAUAUGAACUUAUGAAACAAUUCUUGCACCUCAACUAAAUUUUUUGAAGCUUUAAGAUAAAAGUACACUAUCAGUCCUCAAGUUAUAUUGGUGAAUAAAUUACUUGAAGUUGAAUAUAUGAUACUGUGGAACUGCUGUUGUCUGACAAUUUUAUUUGCCAAAAUGUAGUUAAUUUUCUGGAAUAAAACCAGGAGACAGACCAUAAUAAGUAUUAGUUAGCUAUAAAGAUUUUUUGCACUUGAUCUUGUAGCCUUCAUUAGAUUAAUGUUAAGAAUUACACAGUUUUAAAAUUACACCCACAUUUUAUAUGGGUUUCAAGCUGUUAGCUAUUUAGCUUUAUCACCAUUCCAGGAGUUAUAUACAUGAUUGUAUUGCUUUUUAAGCUAAUAGUUAGACAUCUGUUCUUCUUUAAAAUUUAAAAUGACUAAACUAAUUUGAAUAAAAUGUAAUGAUUUUUAUAUUCAACUACUUGCCAGCUCUGCAGAAGCUAAACUCAGUAGACCACAACUUUACAAUCUUUUCUUUUUUUUUUUUCUCCUUUUGUACAAAUUUUCUGUAUGGUAAGAACAAUGCACAUAUCUUCAGAUAGGUACAUAUGAAAGUCCUCUCAGACAUUUCAAUAAAUUAUGACACGAAGUGUUGAACAUUAUUUGUAAUCUUGCAAUUCAGAAAACAGUUUAUUUGCAUGCAUUCUAUUCUAAAAAGAAAAUGCUCUAUCUACACAAAGAAAAGCAGGGGGAACUUGUACAGUGACAAGUGCUGGAAAAGAUCUUAAGGCAGUUAGUAUGGGCCUAAUCUUGCAAAGCAUUAUGUACCUUUUCUGUGGAGCUUAAUGUUCUCAAUUUAGUUUAUCGAAGGCUGUAAGUAUAUUAGGUACUUGACAGUAAUGGCUUUUGUAAACAGGUUUGUCCCUACCUUAAAACAUGGUGACAAACAUGAGUGCAUGCUGCUGCAUUUACUUAUUUAGGCAUCUGGACCAUAUUCAACCUCUUGGGGAGGAUGUGGGGAGGAAUAAAUGAAGAUUGUAUUGGGAAUCUGUAGAUGUGUGUAUGUAUUGUUUCUAAAGUAUGAUAUGCAAUAGACUAUUACAUUUUUCUCCUCGUACAAUUCCUUUUGUAGAAGGAAUUGUUUUCCACAUUUGUUAGUAUAUAAUUUGCAUUGGUACUUUUGAUUUUAUUCACUUGAUUCAGGAAACUGUAAAGCAUUUGCUUAAAGUGAUGUAAAUUAUUUAUUUAUUGUAAAUAUUUUAGCAGUGUCCUUUAAGAAUUGGUAAUGGUUUUGUUAAAUGAACUGGUUGAUGAUACAAUGAAUUUGCUUAAUUUUGACAAAUUUGACAAGCUGGAUUUUGAGUUAUAUAUCCCAAACCAACUUUUAUGGCUCAUUUUUUUCCUGGUUUUCUUAAAAGUAUGUAUUUCUUUGAUAUUUAACAAUACAGUUAUGGACAGAGAACAAGAUGUAUUUGAAUUUAUUUUAUUAAAAAUUUUGGAG